AUGAACAAUACAAUCUACGAAACACGAGAAGAAGAAAAUAGACUGAUAGACGGUUAUUCUUAUUCUGUGUUUGUUGUUGGGUUAGGUGGUGUAGUAAUAAAUAUUUAUUAUUAUCAACUACUAGUCGAAUCUCGUCAAGAUGUUCUUUUCACAGAUUAUAAAAUUCUACAUCCACAUCUUCCAAUGGCUCUUCGUAUGACAUCUCAUCUUUUACUUGGUGUGGUUCGUAUCUUUUCUAAAAAGGUUAAAUAUCUAUCUGAUGAUUGUAAUGAAGCUGUAGUUAGAAUUAAAACUAUUACAACAACGAAAUCAGCAUCGGCAGGUAUUACAUUGACACAAACAAAAGAAGAUGAAGAAGCACUUGUUAUUGCUCAACCAAAACCAAGUACAAUCACUCAACAAAUUGAUGAAUAUCUACGUGGUAUUACAAAAUUGGAUGAUUUGGUAGUUGAUAAAUUUUAUGAAUCUAAAAAAUUUCAAGAACUUUAUGAACAAGAAAUGGGUAAACAAGGAGGCCAAGAUACAGUGAUUGCUUUUCCAACUCCAGUAAAAGGAAAAAAACCUGCUCCUGUAGAUUCUACUCUUUUGGAUGAACCAACUGUCAAUGAAGAAGAGGAAGAAGAAGAAGAAGUAUUAACUCCUUCAUCUAUUAUGGAUGGUGAAAGAGAUAAAGAUGCAGAUGAACAAGUUGAAGGUGAAAUUGCUAGACUUAAUGCUACAUUAUCACCACAAGAAUCUGAAUUUUCUGUAUGGAUGAAAGAUUUUCAUCCAGAUGAAGUAGUAAUGAGAGGAGCAGAGAGACCAGCAUUAUCUGUUACACCAAGAAAAUCAAAACCACAUGUAAAGGAUGUAUCAAUGUCACUUGAUGAAGAUAGUAGUGAUGGAUCAAUAGGUGAUUUGAUGGAACAAGGAGAAGAGGACGAUGAAUCAUCUCUUAAUCAAAGUUCAUUUGAUUUCAAGGCCGAUGAAGUAGAGUUUGAUCCAAACUCUGUAUUUAAAAAUAUGGAUUAUUCCAUGAGUGAAGAACAAGAAUCACUUUCCAAAAGAGGUCAAGAAGAAGAAGACGAUCUUUUAUUGGCUGAAGAUAAUGAUAAACCAAUCAAAUUUUUGGAUGAAUCAAUUGGUGGUGAAAGAGAUCAACCAAUGGAUGAUGGUGGUUUUGGUGAUCCAACACUUGUUACUACUACAACUACUACUUUGGCUCAACUAAAUACACCAGCUAGAUUAAGAUUGGCAAGAUUAGAAACAAAGAUUCGUGUUCAUCGUAGACGUCCGCAAGACUUGGUAACUAGUCGUGAUCAACUCGCCAGUCAACCACAAACAUUCAAAGCUAGAAUUCAACAAUCCAAGGGACUCAAACACUCUCUCCUAGCACCCAUUCGUCAAACCAUGUCCAACAAGAUUCUAAGUCAUUUCCGUGACAUUAUCCAAACCAAAUAUCCAGUUGUACUGAUUGAUGAAGACGCCAAAUUGAUGGACUAUCUCAAAACCUCCAAAGUCCACAAGGCCCUCCAAAACUAUCGUCAAGAUGCAACCAACAAUUUUACCGACGAUCGUGUUUGCGAAGGAUUGGGUCUCCCCAAGAGUCGUGACAUGAACAUUACACUAGACUCUUUUGAUCUAAAAGAACAAGUGAUUCUCUCCAAGGUACAAGGACACAUUGAAGAGGAAUUGGGUAUUAGUCCAACCAAACGUCGUAAAUUUGAUGCAGUACCCAAAGACAAACAAGAUGAAAUUCUAGGUGACAUUAGUUCAGAAUGGGAUCAAAUCUUGAAUACCCUCAAACGUUCACCAACCAAAUCUUCUCAUUCCUCAGAAGAGAGUUUAGUCUUUCCAACUGACAUUUUUAAAAAUAAUGAUAAUGAUGAUAAUCAAAUUCCACAAGUUGAAGAUUAUCCUGGUGAUGGUGAUUUUGGUGGAGUUGGUGGAGGAUUUGAUGAGCCACCACCAUUUUCUCCUAUUGAACAAAUGCAAACGCCCCAAUCUAGCAAAACACCACUUGCACCUGGUAUUGGAUCUUGGACACCUCGUACUGCAUCGAUGCACAAGGUACUAGACAAUUACUACAAUGUAAAUCAUACAUCUACCAUUGAUUUUUUCAAAAUGGUUGAAGGUAAAAAACAAACAAGAAUGGCAGUCGCAGGUAGUUUUUAUGAAAUACUUGUCCUCACCACCAAAGGUUUGGUUCAAGUUGAACAAACUGAACCCUAUCAAGAUAUCUCUAUAAAGAAAACAAAUACAUUUGAUAAUACUCUACAUUUUAAUAGAGAAUUUGAUGAUGAUUUAGAUUCUCCCUAUCAAACCAAAAAAUAA